UAUUAGGGGUGAAAAAAAAAGUUUUACAGUAAUUAUCCGGAAGUGAUGUAACUUUAUUGUGUUUUAGUCAACAGAUUCGUUUAGCGGGGAAUUCCUCAUGACCGGAUUUUAUUUGCUGUUUUUAAUGCACAGGAUUUUUUUUGUUCCAUUCCGCGGCUGUACUAUGUUUCCAAGGAACAACAACGGCUGAUAGUGCUGUGUUGUCGCUGAGUUUGUCUAGUCGAGUCUAGUUUACUGCUGCUAAAUAUCACGUCAUGGAGAGGAAACGUAGCAACGACGCCCGAGGGGGUCUGACCCCCACUGACAACAACGUAAACCCCGUCAAUACUCACGUAUUUAUCACAGUUCCCGAGGAAGAUCUGGGGUUCCGCGGGAACCUGAAGAGAUACGGCAGGAAAUGUUUGAACGGCAGCAAGGAAAACGCUCUGCUGAUUGGUCUGCUGCUGUCUGUGGUCGCUGGCAUCCUCAUGGGGUUGAUCAUCCGCGGCACCAAGGACAGCUUCAGCAAGAGGGAGAUCAUGUACCUGGGAUUCCCCGGAGAGCUGCUCAUGAGGAUGUUGCAGAUGCUCAUCCUCCCCAUCGUCCUCUCCUCCCUCAUCUCAGGUAUCGCCGGGCUGGACGGGAAGACGUGUGGCCGGAUGGGACUCCGGACCAUUGGCUACUUCUGUAUCACGACCUUCAUGGCGGUCUUUCUGGGGAUAUUCCUGGCCAUCACGAUAGAACCGGGCGGCAACGCAGACCUCAGCUCUAUGCGGAGGUACGGGAAGGCGGAGUCCUUGAAUUCAGCGGACACUUUCUUGGACCUCAUCAGGAACGUGUUUCCAGACAACCUUAUCGUCACCUGUUUCAAUGCCUACCGCACCAAAGAAGUCAUCAAGGAGAUUGUGGAGGAACCCAUGGCUCCCAGCGGCAACUUCUCCAACGUGACCGUUACAACACCAACAUUCCUGUUUGAAAACACAACACUGGCCAAUGAUACAGAACCUCCAGUCAGGUACCACGUCACGCUUCAGAACGAGGGCACGGGAAAAUCCAACGUCCUUGGCAUUGUGACAUUCGCCAUCUUAUUCGGCGUCAUGCUGGGCAGGAUGGGGGAGAGGGGGAAGCCGAUCCUGGCCUUCUGUGACUGUUUGGUAGAGGUCACCAUGAAACUCUUCACCGUCUUUUUAUGGUACUCACCUGUUGGCAUUGCAUUUCUCAUCACCGCCAAGAUCGUGGAGAUGGAGGACUUCUCGGUCCUACUGGGCAAGGUGGGCUUGUACUUCAUCACCGUCCUCAUCGGCCUCUUCAUCCACGGCUCCGUCGUCCUGCCCCUCAUCUACUUCGUGCUGGUCAGGAAAAACCCGUACACCUUCAUCUACGGCAUCUCGCAGGCGCUGGCCACGGCAUUUGGUACCUCGUCCAGCUCUGCCACCAUGCCGGUGACUCUCAAGUGUCUGGAACACAACAACCACGUGGACGCCAGAGUUGCGUCCUUCGUCAUCCCCGUGGGUGCCACCAUCAACAUGGACGGUACGGCUCUAUAUGAGGCCGUGGCUGCGCUCUUUAUCGCACAGGUCAACAACCGUAACAUGAACUUUGGAGAAAUUAUAACCAUAAGCAUAACGGCCACAGCGGCUUCAGUUGGAGCGGCAGGCGUUCCUCAAGCUGGUCUUGUUACCAUGGUGAUCGUUCUGGCUGCGGUCGGACUUCCUAUUGAUGACGUCACGCUGAUCCUCGUCGUUGAUUGGUUCCUGGACAGGUUCCGCACCAUGACCAACGUGAUGGGGGAUAGCCUGGGGGCCGGGAUCGUCAACCAUUACUCCGUGGACGAGAUGCCGCCCCUGGAGCACGAGUCUCACGAGAUGGAGAAGGUGCCCAACGGUCAGCAGCAGGAGACCACGCCCGUGUAGGCGAUGCUCUUCCGCCCCCGCACUCUUCAUUCAACGGCUCUAGUCCAAGAUCAAAUCACGUCAACACGGGCUCAUAUGACAUAGAUAUCUCAUAUAGCGGGACCAACACAGGGGAGGGAAGUUAAGACAGAACUGAAAGUUGGGCAGACAACAUACCCAGCGAGUCAGUGCAUGCUGGGAGUAAAGUGGACAAUGAACAUUUGAUGAUGGUGGCACUGUCCGCAUGCACUGGUCAUUCUCUGUCUAGAGAGGAACGGAAACUUUAGAAGCGGAAUAUAAUUAUUUCGUUUCUUUUUUACGCUGUAUUUUUUUAACUUACAAAAAUGUUUUUAUAAAAUAACUUGAUUUAAAAUGUGCACAAUUUUCGGGGGCCAAUCUCCAUUUGAUGGCCCACAUUGUGGGUCUGUCGGACGUCAGAUGGCCCAGAUUGUAGGUCUGGUGGCCCAGAAUGUGGGUCUGGUGGCCCAGAUUUUGGUUUGUCACACGUCUGGUGGCCCAGAAUGUGGGUCUGUCAGAAACAUGAUGGCCUAGAAUGAGCUUGAUGUUUAUAUUGUACAUAUGUCCAGUUUUUUAAUCGUUUUUUUUUUUCUAUUUGCAAGUCAUUUUAAUCGUACCAUGGGUAGAUAAUUCGGCAUUUAGUCUCAAACUGUGCGUGCCAGUGAUUGUCCACAGAAUAUGUGUCUAGAAUCACACGUAGUCAUUCAAGUUUAGAGUUUUGGUGUUAGAUUACGUGUUGUAGUGUCGAUAUUUUCAAAUUCGCUUUUUAUUUUUAUACUUUUGAUACUCUGGUCUCGGCGUGGGGCUUCUGAUGUGGCAUUUGUAGGAGUCAGUCUACACCGAUCUGUUCGUAUGUGCUUCAUAGCGUUAAUUACACAUUUGAUGCUGAUGUACUAAACAGUUCUUUUUAUAACUGUUUACUAGUUUUUGAAAAAAAGAAAAGAGUUAACCUAUAAUCUAAAUAUUAAUAUCGAAAUAAAUCGAAUCUUUGAAGCAAAAAUUCGCUGUGAACUAAACAAAAAUAGCUGUCAUCUUAAGAAUAUAUUUUGAUAUACUUUGAUAUACUGAAUAAAGUGGUUGGUAUACAGAAGCGUAUCAAGAGCCGAUAUAAUGCCUGCUAUAUCAAAAGCUGAUAUAUAGCCUGCUUUAUCAAAAACGUAUAUAUUGCCUGCCUGUAAGCAGUCGAUAUAUAUUCAAUAAACUAGAGCCGCAUCAAUUGAUUUUGUAUUUGUGAAUGUCACUUGACUUCUUGGACUUCCACUGACAUUUCAGCCAGUUGGAGACUGACAUAUAGCUUCAAUCAGCACAGGCCGCUAGGAGACGGCCCGCUUGUAACGUCACAUCCCAUUCUCGUCCGCCCUAUUGCUGUUUGCUUUCAAGUUACCAGGCGGCUGACAGUCCGUGUGCGGGCCGACUACAAAUGUGCUAGAUCGAUUUCUUCAAAGGUCACUUCAAUCUAUUUUAUACCUGCCAUCUAUGUCAAGUGCACGCAUUAAUCUUCUACCUGUAGGCUGCACACGCUCUCACAC